UCUAAGCUGAGGCUGCAGCGUGGCUGUGCGUCUGAAUGAAAGAGCCUCUCUCUCCCACUCUCUGCUGCUGCCUGGAUGUAUGGCUGCUGUCCGCUGCAGCAAGUGAGCACAUGUCCAGAGCAAACACAGCAAGUCUCUCCAAGUGACUCAGAGCUGGAAGUAAAUAUUUUGCAGUAACUUUGGCUGAAGGUGCAACUUGCUUUUUGAAUUUUAUCCCUUUUUCUAAGAAGCUGGAUUACUUCUUAGUAAUGUGACUUUUUUAUUUUUUUUGAGGAUUUCUGUGCAUCCAGAAAAUAACUUAUUUUUGAGAAAUUCAUGUGAUAGUAAGUGGAAAACUUUCUCUCUUUGAAGAAUACCUGAUGUGAUCCAAAGAUAUUUUUGCAGAAACUGAGGGACCAGGACUGAAUCACACACAUCAGCAGGACUUCGGGACGUUGGAGGUGGCAGCUCCACACACCACCAGGACAUCUCACCAUCAAAAGCAUUCACUGGAUCUGCAUCAGUUUGACCUUAUUUUACCGUAUUUACACACAGAGCAGUCAGCGUGCUUUGUAGGUCUCUGGCCAACUUGCAGGCAGGUGUGAUACUAGGUCAGUGUGCUUGAUACACACACACACACACACACACACACACAUACACACGUGGUUGCCUGAAACUGCAGAGACCAGGACAUCAAAUGAGGACAUCCUGCGCUCUAAAUCUUUUCAGAAAAGCUAACUUUGAGUCACACACCUGUGCUUGACAGCUGCUGGUGGAGAUGUAACAAGCACAUUGUCUUCCAACAAGUCUUCUCACAUAUUAAAGUGAAAUAUCACACACACGCUGCUUUGAUUUACUGCACUAUCGGGUCAAGAGCCACACUGUCCUGAACUGAAAGACAGCAUCAUCCACACCAUGACCCUACAGACCUGGAAUUUGCAGCAUGCCUUCGUCCCUCACCUCCUUCUCCUCGUCCUGCUGUCGCUCCUCCAGGCCUGGCGGGGGUGCUGUCACCCCCAGUGUUUGGACUACAAGCCUCCGUUUCAGCCCCAGCAGCCAUUGGUCUUCUGUAAGGAGUAUUCCAAGUUUGGAUGCUGUGAUCAGGAGAAAGAUGAGGAGAUAUCAAUGCGGUUUUACACCAUCAUGGGCAACUUUGACCAUUCAGGUUAUGUAACCUGUGGCAAGUACAUACGCAGCAUCCUGUGCCAGGAGUGCUCUCCAUACGCCGCCCACCUGUAUGAUGCUGAAGACGCCAACACACCUAUGCGGAUGCUGCCGGGACUGUGCAGGGAUUACUGCUCCGACUACUGGCACCAGUGCCGCUACACACUCAGUCUCCUCCUGGAGGACUUGGGCAGCCCGCAGCAGUUUGCAAACCUGACUGCAACGAUAGAAGAAGAUCGCAGAAGGUUCUGUGACUUUCUGGAGCUGAGGGACAAACAGUACUGCUAUCCUAAUGUACUUACAAAUGCAGACCUAAAUGCUAAUCUCGGCUUUGUACGCGAGGACCCCAAAGGAUGUCUGGAGUUAUGUUUGCAGGAGGUUGCCAAUGGGCUCCGUAACCCCGUGGCCAUGAUCCACGCAGACGAUGGCACUCAUCGAUUCUUCGUGGCGGAGCAGCUGGGUUAUGUGUGGGUGUAUCUGGCCAACGGCUCCAGGAUCGACCGUCCUUUCCUCAACCUCACCCAUGCCGUGCUAACAUCACCGUGGGCUGGAGACGAGAGGGGGUUCCUCUGCAUAGCCCUACACCCGAGAUUCACCUCGGUCAGGAAAGCCUACGUGUACUACUCUGUGUCUGUCAAAAAGCAGGAGAGGAUACGAAUCAGCGAGUUCACACUGUCAACGCAUGAUGACAACCAACUAGACCACUCCUCUGAGAGAACCAUCCUCGAGGUGGUUGAGCCGGCAUCCAAUCACAAUGGAGGACAGCUCCUAUUUGGCCAUGACGGGUAUCUGUACAUCUUCAUUGGUGAUGGGGGCCGAGCUGGGGACCCAUUUGGAAAGUUUGGCAACUCACAGAACAAGUCAACGCUCCUCGGCAAAGUGCUGCGCAUUGAUGUAGAGAACAAUGACGAUGGCGCCCCGUACAGCAUCCCCUCCGACAACCCGUUCUUGAGGGAGAAGGAAGCACGACCCGAGAUUUAUGCCUACGGAGUUCGCAACAUGUGGCGUUGCUCCAUCGACCGCGGCGACCCCGUUACAGGCCGAGGCAGAGGCAGGAUGCUUUGCGGUGACGUAGGCCAGAACAAAUAUGAAGAGGUGGACCUCAUUGUUAAAGGAGGCAACUAUGGAUGGAGGGCCAAAGAAGGCUUCAGCUGCUACGACCGGAAACUCUGCCAAAACUCCUCGCUAGAUGACAUCUUGCCAAUCUUUGCCUACGCCCACAAGUUGGGCAAGUCGGUGACAGGAGGAUACAUCUACAGAGGCUGUCAGAUGCCCAACCUCAACGGACUCUACAUCUUCGGGGAUUUCAUGAGUGGGCGUCUGAUGUCUCUGAGGGAGAACUUCACCACAGGUGAAUGGCAGUACAAUGAGAUCUGCAUGGGGACAGACCAGACCUGCAGAUUCCCCAAACUCAUCAACAGUUACUAUAAAUACAUCAUCUCUUUCGCUGAGGAUGAAGCAGGUGAGCUGUAUUUCUUAGCCACAGGAGCCCCGAGUGCCACAGCCAGGGCAGGCGUCAUCUACAAGAUAGUGGACCCUUCCAGGCGAGCGUCACCAGGAAAAUGCACCAUCAAGCCUUCACCUGUUAAGAUAAAAGGGAAACUGAUUCACUUCCAUCCUAAAGAAGAGUUUGUGAUCAACAAGAAACCAACCACCACACCUGUUCCCACGACAACCACGAGAAAAACUACAACCACAACCAAAACGCCACAGAAGAGAAAACCCAUAAUAAUAAUAAAACCGCCAAUGCCAACAAGAAAAACAAUAAGAAAAACAACACUACCAGCACCAACGACGGCAACGACCAGAAAAACACCACCACCUACGACCGCAGCAACAAGAAAAACAUUACAGACAACAAGAAAAGCAACGAGAAAAACACCAACAUCACCGACUAUUAAAGCAGCAACUACACAAACAACCUCAGCAACAACAAUAAAACCAACAACCGUACCAACAACUGUCCAGAUGGCAACAACCCCCGCCACAACCACACCCACUGGUUAUCGCACAACCCUCACGACUGCAGCCUUCUCUAGGAUUGCUCAAACCCCCAACGUCACCAUACCCCCAACCAGGAGACACGGGAGACCCCUUCACGACCCUACCACCUCCCAACCCUUAACCUCACCACAACCUUUUCCAUCUACCACGUCGCCGAAGCGACCCCAGGUGGCUCUAACUUCUGCACGUUACCCCGAGCGCCCCGGAGCACUCACUACACCACGGCCGCCAUAUUGGAGCCAGAAGCCCACGGCAUCAGGCUACAAGCCGCAGAGACCACCGAUCAACACAACGCUGCUCAAGUCUCAGGAGGAGAAGCUGUGGCUCGGAGAAAAAUUGGAAAUCGCCGGCGAGGGGAACCAGGUAUAUAAGAGGCCUCGAGGAAGAGGUAGAGGUCGCAGUCACAUGAGAGGAGGAAGGCCGCGGGCCGGAUCAGUGCGACUGGUAAGCGCUGACGGUUUAUCAGAUCGAGGCAGAGUGGAGAUCUUCAUCCGCGGCGAGUGGGGGACAGUGUGCGAUGACCUUUUCACCGCCAAAGCGGGUGCCGUGGUGUGUCGACAGCUCGGCUUCACAACGGCGUUGGCGGUGAUGAAGAGGGCCGCGCUGGGGGAGGCAGAUAAGAGCGUCAGGAUCCUGUUGGAUGACGUGGAGUGCGAGGGCGGGGAGUGGUCGCUGCUGGAGUGUAAGAGAUCCAGGGUCGGGAAGCACAACUGCUCACAUGGGGAAGAUGUAGGGGUGAUCUGUGGUUAGCGAUGAGGGGUGGAAGUAAAGGAGCAGUAUAGGAAGGAGAGGAGGAGAUGGUGGAGUGAUGUUUGCCACAUACAGGAAAUAACUGGACCAGAACGAAGCAAGGACAGAGGAAGAGAGUAUUGAGGAAGGUGAUUCGAGGCUGCACAUGUUUUAGCAUUAAUGUUGCUGAUAACAGUUUUAUAAAGAUUUCCAUCAUUUGUAUUUUUUCAGUUUUGCCAGUUUUACAUGCGGAAUGCAAAAAAAUGUACAUCACCGAAAAAAUAGUGUUAAUUACUGAUUGUGAUUGUGUUUACAUGCUUACCAUACAUCCACGAGGCAAAAAAAAAAAAAAAAAACAAGACAAAAAACAUAUUCUACUAAAACAGUCCAUGGUGUUCGAAGAAGAUAUUUGUAUUUUUGUAUUGUAUAAUUUCAGCAGGUCUAUUUUCUAAAGCAGCUUUUUUAAUUUGCAUUUUGCAAGAGUUUUAACAAGGAAAUGCUGGACAU